AUGAAGGGCUUUACGGUGUUCUAUAUCUCGUCGGCGAUUCUUGCAGCCGUUAAUGCCAAAAGCUUUAGCAAAGAGGAUCAAGCAAUUUUAAUCGACCGUCACAACUACUUUCGGAGCACAGCCUUGCCAUCAGCGGCUGGCAACAUGCUCCGCAUUGGUUGGAGCGACGUUUUGGCAUCCAAAGCUGAUUCCAAAGCCUCGACCUGUUCGGCUACUACAUCAAAAGGUGUGAAUGUUUACCAGUCGUCCAAAAAAACCUCAUCAAUCAUCGAAGGGGCAAUUCAAGAGUGGGUAAUUGAGACCGCGAAAUCGACAAUCAAGAUGAUUCCACAACCAAGUGUCAGCGGAGUUGAUGUAGGCAAAGGAAUCUACAAUCCAUACUCGCAAGUAGUGUGGGCAACGACGUCCAGUGUUGGAUGUGCAACGGCGAGCUGUCCAGAUGGAGAGGUGAUUGUGUGCAUGUACUCACCGCCAGGGAAUGAUAAAAACUCUGCUUGGUACAAGCACCAAAGUCAAGGUUCCGGAUGUCCGAGUGGAACGGUCUCAUCUCACGGACUAUGCAUCGUAGAAGGCGCCAGUGUCAAUGAUCAGAUCGCACCGAUUCCGGACGGAAAGUGGACAUACCAAGUAUAUCCGGCUUUUGUGGCACAAAUCCAUUCCAUUCUUAUUAAUUCUGCUCGAGAUAUUGCGAAUGAACAUUUAUCUCUAGCCUCGCAGACACUUUCUGAGAAAACCACUGACACCGAAUCAAAGUACAAAUCAUCGUUGGAGUUUUCAUCAUUUGUAACUCAAAGCAAAAUGGAAGAAGAUACUGUCGGGACCGUAUCCCCAUAUGAUGACAAUGGUUUAGCAUUACAGCAUGACGCUGAGACAACAGAAAGACAUAAGGAAAAAACCAAUUCAAAGGAAGAUGUUUCGACUGGAGCUGGACACGAAGAGGAAGAGACUCAUGGCAUAUCCAUUAAUAAUGUCUUUGGUAUGUACCUACUGGGUAUUUUAGCAGUGGCGGGGAUUAUCGUGUACGUGCACGUGACUACGUCAACAGAACACCAACACAAUGAUAUUCCAGCAAAGUGA